AAAGCUAAAGCUUGAAAGAGGCCCAGCUCUGGUCUGCUUCGGGGAGGUCUUCCUGGGAACCCGCAUGUUCCAGAUAAAGACUUGAAGGGAUCUUGAAAAGGACCGGGGGAACUGAUGGAGUGAUCCUUCGUUGGACUGGAAAACCCAAGGGAGCCUAGACUAGGGACCCUGAGGAGUCGGGGAGGUCCUUAAAAAUCAUGGUAAUCGACCAUCCGUUCUUUUUUUUACACAGAAACCGUUCAAUUCCUAAAUGAAGUGAAGAAACUUUAGGAGUGUCUACAUCGAUUUCUGUGUCUUAAAGAUUUAGGGCACGUGAACUAGAGCUGGGUCACACGUGCAGGGGCCUCAGCAAAGGCUGAAAGCCUGGUAUUUCACGGAAGGACUCGAAGGUGGUCCUGCUGUUCCUGGAGACAGGUCUGGCCAGCUGUAAGGCCAGCCCUCCGUGGGUUUAGAGGAGUUGGCAUCUCGGCUCGCCCAGGCCUUCACACUCGCCUCCCCCCGGGACCCGCCAACUCUCCCGGGUACAAAGUACAGCAGGGACGCGGGCGGGGCCUUUCCAGGCGGCGCAGCCGUGUCCUCCUCCCGUGAACACCUAGAUGGAUUUCCAAUACCGCGCCGGGCACGGUGGGGAGGGCGCCCAGGCUCCUUCCGCGCUCCCAGCCGCGCGUCCGCCUUUCUGCAGUCGAUAUUCCUCCGGGAGACGCAGGGGGCUCUGGGCCCGACAAGCUUUAUUAAGAGAUUCGCAAUGGUUUACUCAGGCCCUUGAACGCUCCCGCCCGAGAAGAGCUGCCCGCGGCGUGGUAACGCAGAAGCCCCUCCUGCGCGGCUGUGGUCUUUCCUCCUAACGCUCGCGGCUUAGGGUCAGUUUGCGUGACUCCAAGAGUAGCUGCGUGGGCGCCCGUGCGGGGUCCGGCCCCAAGAAAGGAGUUGGACCCUGCAAAGAACGUCACCGCGCUACCAGACCGCCCGGGCACUUUGCACGCGCCAUCUACGCGUCGGUCUGGAGGUAGCGUGCCCUGGCUGCUGACGUGCUGGUGGUACCUAUUAAUCAUUCACCAGCCCAGGACCGCGCUAGUUAAUGGCUGUGCCGCGCGGGGCUCCAGCCUCCCAGCCUCCCCUCUCCACGCUCGCGUGUGCCCAGGCGCCCCGGAGCGGCAAGCGGCUGGGCGCAGGCAGCCUCUGGGCGAUGCGCCCCGCCGGUGUGGGUUGGAGCCGCGCUCCCUGCAGCCGCUGCGCGCUCCCCCGAAGCACCCGGCGGCAGUGAGGUGCGAGCCGGCAGCCGGGGUGCCAAGUGAGGGCGCAAGCAGCGGGGGCGCGAAGAGAGCACCCCAGCCUCAUCGGCCCCCAUCAGCCGAGAUGUUCCCCAAUGGCACCGCCUCCUCUCCCUCCUCUCCUAGCCCCAGCCCGGGCAGCUGCGGCGAAGGAGGCGGCAGCAGGGGCCCCGGGGCCGGAGCUGCGGACGGCAUGGAGGAACCGGGGCGGAAUGCGUCCCAGAACGGGACCUUGAGCGAGGGCCAGGGCAGCGCCAUCCUCAUCUCUUUCAUCUACUCCGUGGUGUGCCUGGUGGGGCUGUGUGGGAACUCCAUGGUCAUCUACGUGAUCCUGCGCUACGCCAAGAUGAAGACGGCCACCAACAUCUACAUCCUCAACCUGGCCAUCGCCGAUGAGCUGCUCAUGCUCAGCGUGCCCUUCCUGGUCACCUCCACGUUGCUUCGCCACUGGCCCUUCGGCGCGUUGCUCUGCCGCCUUGUGCUCAGCGUGGACGCAGUCAACAUGUUCACCAGCAUCUACUGUCUGACUGUGCUUAGCGUGGACCGCUACGUGGCCGUGGUGCACCCCAUCAAGGCAGCGCGCUACCGCCGGCCCACCGUGGCCAAGGUGGUGAAUCUGGGCGUGUGGGUGCUAUCGCUACUUGUCAUCCUGCCCAUUGUGGUCUUCUCGCGCACCGCGGCCAACAGUGAUGGCACGGUGGCCUGCAACAUGCUCAUGCCGGAGCCUGCCCAGCGCUGGCUGGUGGGCUUCGUGUUGUACACAUUUCUCAUGGGCUUCCUGCUGCCAGUCGGGGCCAUCUGCCUGUGCUACGUGCUCAUCAUCGCCAAAAUGCGCAUGGUGGCCCUCAAGGCCGGCUGGCAGCAGCGCAAGCGCUCGGAGCGCAAGAUCACCCUGAUGGUGAUGAUGGUGGUGAUGGUGUUUGUCAUCUGUUGGAUGCCUUUCUAUGUCGUACAGCUGGUCAACGUGUUCGCAGAGCAGGACGACGCCACGGUGAGCCAGCUGUCGGUGAUCCUCGGCUACGCCAACAGCUGCGCCAACCCCAUCCUCUACGGCUUCCUUUCGGACAACUUCAAGCGCUCUUUCCAGCGCAUCCUGUGUCUCAGCUGGAUGGACAACGCUGUGGAGGAGCCGGUCGACUACUAUGCCACGGCCCUCAAGAGCCGCGCCUACAGCGUGGAGGACUUCCAGCCGGAGAACCUGGAGUCUGGAGGCGUCUUCCGUAAUGGCACCUGCACAUCGCGGAUCACCACGCUCUGAGCCUGGGCCUUCCAGGGGCCCUGCGCCAAGGGAGGGGGAAGAUGAAGGGAAAGGGAGACCGGGUGCGAGAGGUGAAAGUAUCCGGUGCCUCAGGGUGCUGUGGGGCUGGGACACUGUGCGCUCUGGGUGGAGAGACCUGGGAAAGGCGCGCAACAAAGGUGGAACUGGGCACUUUGCUUAUACACUGGGAAGCCUUGAGGGCCCCUUUCUCUUCUGUCUCCUGCUUUCGCUCCUCCCUCUACUGCGCUUGCCCUUCUGCACCCCUCCGUGCUCCCCACUCUGUAACUUCGAUCUUUCCUUCCGCGGGUCCCGCCGGUGCAGAUCAGGAACUCAUCAACGUCGCCAACUCAGUCUGACCUUCAGCUUCUCCAGCAGUAAUUUCUGUUUAAGCUGAGCCACGGUUACCGCCACGGGUUUCCCUCGGGGUGAGUCCCCGGCUUCCCCUUAGCCUCGCCCUGCCCUGCCCCGCCCCUCGCCUUGUUCUGCCUGGUGCCCCUAGCGGAGUCUGGAGAACCAGCGCUCUCCCUCUGCUCAGCCCUACUUGAAGGGAAGUCGGACUUGAGAAAGAACGAGGCAGCUGGUCUUUUCUCCUCCUCGGUGAAGCGCCCUUGCCCGACCCUCUCCAGCACUCCCGCUCCACCCAGAGCCGAGCGAGUGGCUUAGAAAAAUCACUCCCGCGCUUCGAACGCCAGGCAUUCUGCAGCCCCCAUUCAAAUCUCCCUUUGGAGCUAAAGGAGCUGAGAACAAGCGACCGAGGGGUUUCUAGAAGAUUCUGGGGUUUGGGUGGGAAGGGGUUGCAAUGGAAGCCACCCUCCCAGGGGGUCACAACCGGCGCUUUUGGUUUCAAAGACCAAGCGCCGGGCGCUCCCGGGACAGCGGUCUGCGCGCGGCCGGGCGGGGCGGGGCGCGUUUUCCCGGCGGCAGCAGCGUGGCCGCGGACACCCCGGGCUUUCUCCCUCGCCGAGGCUUCCGGGGUGCAGAUCUGAGAGUGACGACAGACUCGGUUUCCUGCUCCGGUUUACCUAGAAGACGCGGCACUCGGGCAGGGACCUCGGGGGGCGCUUUCGGGUCCCCGGCCAAUCCCGACCGCGUCGCCGCCGCCCGCAGGCUGGAGAGCGCGGCCUGCCGGGCGCCUAAGGGGAGCUGCCUUUCCAGCGGUGCCUACUAAGUUAUUUUCUCGUUUAACAUAUUUAUUUAUUUAUUUGUGGUGUUUGGACACGCGUUUCUGCUUUUCUUUCCGCUACUCGGCUAGCCCAGGGCCUUUCUUCAGGACACUGGGGGUGGGGGUGGAGGUGGCGUGCGGGGAGGCUCUCUCCCCGACGCCCCCUCAAAACCUCGCCUCUUUGGUGGGCCAUCUUUUCUUCUCCUUUCCUCCAGCCUUUCUAGUUUGGCUUGGGUCCAGUGAAGUUUGGAGAGUUUUUCAUACUUUUCUUAUGUAGUCCCUUGUUUGUCAUAAUAAAUAAAUAAGGUGGGAUUGCCUCCUCCCCUGCAGAGUGGACAGUCCCGAACUCCUAGCUUUCAGCAUCACCGUAUUAUACAUAUUUGUUUAUCGUGCUCUGUUGUCAUGAGUCCCUGAAAUAAUUGCCAAAUGCAGCCACUGACAGGGACGGGUGCGAGGCUGGCUUUCAGAACACUUUCAGGUUUUCAAAUAAAGGGUUCAAGCAGCCCUCAAACCCGGAAGUGAGAAAUCUGAUUCAGACAGACUUUAAUCAGUGCUGAGGAUGUCCCUGCUUAUGCCCCUGCUCCCUCUAGGUUCCAGCAUAGGUGAUUCUAACGUAUGAUCUAGUUACCAUCGUCACUUCUUUUGAGGACGUUGAAAGUAGAGUAAUUUGUGUCUAUGUUUAAUCUUACCAACUACAUUGGAAGCCUGAGCUGGGCAAGGACCAAUAAUUUGACUUUGUAUUUUCUGUCUUGCUUUGUAUACUGGCUUGUACACAGUAG